GGUGCGCGUGUCAGUUCAGUUCAAACUGUCAAAAAAAGAAUUUGAGGUUAGGAAAUAGGCUGGGAAUUUUAUAUUCGAAAUUAUAAUUUAUCUUUUGCGAGUGAACUGGAGAGUAAUUAAUAGUUAAUUUGGCACCAGCCAUGGCAGACUCUACUGGCGAGAAGUUGUCCAAGAAGUGAGUAUUUUCUGAGAUCCUGUCCUAUACAUUCGGACAAGAUGAUCAUAAAAAGUAUUGCAACGUUACCUGCGGCUUUCAUCAGAAAUCCAAGACUUCUUCGAUUCCAGAAUUUUUCGGCUUCUAUCAGUAAAGGUGAAUUGAAAAGGAGGUUAAAAGCUGAGCAAAAGUUGAAGGAAAAGGCAGAAAAGGCGGCACAGCAGCCUGUUGUUACCGCAACAGCAGAAAAGAAAUCUUCCAAGCCAGAGGAAGAGAUAAGUCCAAAUGAAUAUUAUAAGUUAAGGACAACAGCUGUUGCAGCUCUCAAAAAUGGUGACAAAGAGGAUCAUCCUUAUCCACACAAGUUCACGGUUACGACUUCACUGGAAGAGUUUAUUGAGAAGUACAACAACCUUGCUAGUGGUGAGGUGUUAGAAAAUGUAACCCUCUCAGUUGCUGGUAGAGUUCACUCUAUCAGAGAAUCUGGAACUAAGCUAGUUUUUUAUGACUUAAGAGGAGAAGGUGUUAAAAUACAGGUGAUGGCUAAUGCAAAAUUGUAUGAAUCGGAAGAAAAGUUUGCAUCAGAUACUGAUAAACUGAGAAGAGGUGAUAUUAUUGGGUGUGUAGGACAUCCUGGAAAGACUAAGAAGGGGGAACUGUCAAUCAUUCCCAAGAAAAUACAGCUUCUGGCUCCAUGCUUGCACAUGCUGCCUCACUUACAUUUUGGUCUCAAGGACAAGGAAACACGAUUCAGGAAGAGAUACUUAGAUCUUAUCCUAAAUGAUAAAGUCAGACAAAUUUUCUAUACAAGAGCAAAAAUUAUUGCCUAUGUAAGACGGUUUCUAGAUAAUCUGGGUUUCUUGGAAAUUGAGACUCCAAUGAUGAACAUGAUUCCUGGGGGUGCUACAGCCAAACCCUUCAUCACUCAUCACAACGAUUUGAACAUGGAUCUGUAUAUGAGAAUAGCUCCAGAACUGUACCACAAAAUGUUAGUGGUUGGAGGCUUGGACAGAGUGUAUGAAAUCGGAAGGCAGUUCCGCAAUGAAGGCAUAGAUUUAACCCACAAUCCUGAGUUCACAACAUGUGAAUUUUAUAUGGCCUAUGCUGAUUACCAUGAUGUAAUGACCAUCACGGAAUCAAUGAUUUCAGGAAUGGUGAAGAGUAUUCAUGGAACUUACAAGAUUAAAUAUCAUCCUGAUGGACCAGAAGGUGAGGAAGUAGAGAUUGACUUCACCCCUCCAUUUGCAAGAGUGCCAAUGAUUGCAACAUUAGAAAAGGUUUUAAAUGUGAAAUUGCCACCACCUGACCAGUUUCACUCUGCUGAAACCAAUGCACUGCUGAGUCAGCUGUGUGAGAAACAUGAGGUAGAAUGCCCACCACCAAGGACGACAGCAAGACUUCUUGAUAAACUGGUUGGUGAAUUCUUGGAGGAUAAAUGUAUAAAUCCUACAUUUAUUUUGGAUCAUCCACAAAUCAUGAGUCCCUUGUCUAAAUACCAUAGGGAUAUUCCAGGUCUAACUGAAAGGUUUGAAUUGUUUGUGAUGAAAAAAGAAAUAUGCAAUGCAUACACAGAGUUGAAUGAUCCAGCUACUCAGAGGGAGCGGUUUGAGCAGCAAGCCAAGGACCGUGCAGCUGGUGAUGAUGAGGCUCCUCCAACUGAUGAAGGCUUUUGCACAGCUCUCGAAUAUGGGCUGCCACCAACUGGAGGCUGGGGCUUAGGAAUUGACAGACUGACUAUGUUCCUUACUGACUCAAACAACAUCAAGGAAGUAUUGCUGUUCCCGGCCAUGAAGCCAGAUGACCCUAAUAAAAACAACACUGAAGAGGAAAAGGCAACUGAAUCAACAUCACUACCAAAUGGAAAAUAAUCACCAGUUAUUAAGAAUACAGUUUAUUGUUUGUUUACUUUGUUCCAAGCUAUUUACUAUACCGUAACAAUGUUUUGUCUGUUUACUAACCCUUAUUUGCUUACAAAUAAAUUAUCAAACUUCUUAGAAAAAAUGAUUUAUUUUGUUCAUUUUAUUGACUGCCUUAGGUAUUAAAAUUGGUUUGCUAUAAGUUAAGCAUCAUAAAUGCACAAAUUCCUGUAACUAUGUGUCUAUUUGGGUAUUUCAGGACUUCGGAAGUUCUUCAUUGAUGCAGGUUGAAUUAUAGUGCUCACCUAAGCUAUACAUAUGGCGAUGAUAAGUAAUUACUAAGGGAGGACCUUCAAAUUCAUUACCCUGCUCUAUACAUUCAGGCCCUGUGGCCUGGAUAAUGUUUAUGGGGUUCUUUAAAACAUUAGACAAAGCUCGGAUUUCUAAUUGUCCUCCCCACACAGCUGUAUUCGUAAUCUUAUCACAAUAAGCCUCAAAUUCAUCAUCAUUGAGCAUCUCUAGAGUAUCUGGAU